UAUUUCACAUAAAUAUACCAUAUACUUAAACUCAAGCUAUGGUGGUAAUCAGUGAAGAAAUCGAUCCUUAUGCACAAGAAGGAACUGAAGAAGAUACUGAAAGUGUGGAUUAUGAGGAGCUAAAGAAACGCAUGUGGAAGGACAAGAUUCUGCUACAGAAACUCAAGGAAAAACGAGAACAGGACAAUGAACCAGAGCAACAAGCAAAACAAGAAGCAUCAAGAAGAAAAAAGAUGUCAAGAGCACAAGAUUCAGUUCUCAAAUACAUGGCAAAGAUCAUGGAUGUUUGCAAAGCAAAAGGUUUCGUCUACGGAAUCAUACCAGAAAAGGGAAAACCAGUAUCAGGUUCAUCUGAUAGCUUACGCGAAUGGUGGAAAGAUCAAAUCCAUUUCGAUCAAACCGCACCACUAGCAGUUGCCAAAUACUUACCCCUCCUUGAAAAAGACAAGGAAACAUUCAACAUAAUGGAUGAUCCAAAUUCCUAUAUACACCUCCUCCAAGAUUUACAAGACUCAACACUUGGUUCACUUCUUUCUGCUCUGAUGCAACACUGUGUCCCACCACAGAGAAGGUUUCCACUUGAGAGAGGAAUAUCUCCACCUUGGUGGCCCAAUGGAUCAGAAAUUUGGUGGGGCCAACAGGGCUUGUUGGCCCAAGAACAAGGCCCACCACCUUAUAAGAAACCACAUGACCUUAAAAAGACAUGGAAAGUUUCUGUUUUGGCUGGUGUUAUAAAAUACAUGUCACCUGAUUUGGAGAAGUUGAGAAGAUUGGUUACACAGUCUAAAACUUUGCAAGAUAAGAUGACAGCUAGAGAUAGUGCAACUUGGUGUAAAGUUAUGAACCAAGAAGAAGCUUUGCUCGGAAUUACUAAUAAGUGUUUUAAGUUAUCUAUUUCCGAGGAAGGCGAAAGUUCUGGUAGUAAUAAUAGUAUUAGCAGCAAUAGCAGUAGUAGUAGAAGCGAGAAAAGAAGGAAGUGUGUGUUUGAUCAGAGUGAGUUAGUACCUACUGGAUUUCCUGAUAAAUUUGUUUCGAAUUUCGAUGAUUGUGAAGCGCGAGCUGAUGAAAAUGUUGAGGAUUGGUUGAAUAUGGGAGAGAUUGAAUUUGGAUGGGAGGUUGGACAUUGGUUGAAUGAUGUGGAUGAUGCUGAACUGCAAGCGGCAUUGGAAAUGGUUAACGGUAAUAACAACGUAGAUUUUACUCUUGAUGAUUCAGCUCAUAACACAGAAGGGCAAGAGGAAGAUGACUCAAUUUGGGACUUUAGAUAUCAGUACCAUCCAGAGCAAUAAUACUAUAACAAACAUGUUCAGUGGGAUCAAUGCAGUUUUAUUAUAUUGUAUUAUUAGUAUCUCCUGUCACCACGUUUAUUUGUUGUAAUGCUUUAGAUUUACUAUCUCUUUAUAUUGCUA